AUGUUGUCCUUCCGUUCACUCGCUCAUCCGUCUACCCGCCUUCUACGCUCAUUGCCCACACAAGGCAGGAUACAGCGUCGAAAUGCGUCGUUUUACAACAGUGAUGUGGCGGGUCUGACGGAAGAACAGGCUGAGUUCAGAAACGCGGUCACUGAGUUUGCCCAACGAGAGAUUGCUCCGAUCGCUGGAGAGAUAGACCGAAACAAUGUGUUCCCUAUGGAAAUCUGGGAGAAGUUGGGCUCCAUGGGCCUCCUUGGGGUCACCGUGUCUCCGGACUAUGGUGGACUUGCCCUCGGCUAUUUCAACCACACUUUAGCGAUGGAGGAGCUCUCGCGCGCGUCUGGCUCCGUCGCACUCUCGUACGGCGCACAUUCAAACUUGUGCGUGAAUCAGAUUCAUCGGUGGGGAACGGCAGCCCAAAAGGCGAAGUAUCUCCCAGAUCUUGUUUCAGGCAAAAAGGUCGGGAGUCUCGCGAUGAGCGAACCGGGCAGUGGCAGCGACGUGAUCAGCAUGAGGUUGCGUGCCGACAAGGUGGACGGGGGCUACAAACUGAACGGGAACAAGUUCUGGAUCACAAAUGGCCCGGUUGCCUCCACGCUCGUGGUAUAUGGCAAGACCUCACCAGAGAAAGGGUCGCGCGGCAUCACGACGUUCAUCGUCGAGCGCGGUAUGCCUGGGUUCUCCACGCACCAGAAACUAGACAAGGUGGGGAUGCGCGGCAGCGACACGUGCGAGCUCGUGUUUGAGGAUUGUUUCGUGCCUGAGGAAAAUGUUCUGGGGAAGAUAGACGGUGGAGCCCAGGUGCUUAUGUCUGGUCUCGACCUGGAGCGCCUUGUGCUCUGCGGUGGACCGUUGGGUCUCAUGCAGGCUGCGUUCGACUACGCAAUUGAGUACGUGCAUGAUCGCAAACAAUUCGGUCAGCCUAUCGGGACGUUCCAGCUCAUGCAAGGCAAGAUCGCAGACAUGUAUACCAAGUUGAACGCGACGCGAGCGUACGUUUAUGCUGUUGCGAAGGCAGCCGACGAGGGAAGGGUCAGUCGGCGGGAUUGUGCCGGCGCGAUCCUAUACUCUUCGGACCGAGCGGUUGAAGUUACAAUGGAUGCCAUGCAAUGUCUAGGUGGAAAUGGCUAUAUUAACGAUUACCCCACAGGACGCUUCCUGCGUGACGCCAGACUCUACACGGUUGGAGCAGGGACCCAGGAAAUUAGGCGCAUGCUCAUUGGUCGCGAGUUUAACGAGGAGUUCCGCCGGCGCACAUCAUAA